AAAAAUGUGCCAAGAACGCCUUUGUUAUUUGUAAUAGCCUAUAAAUUUCAAAGCCAACCAACAAGACUUCAUCGAAUUGAACUAGUAAUACGUAAUGGUAACGAAAUUCCCAUCCCAAUUAGAGCCAUGGUCUCACCUCCCCGCCAAAAUCGUCUUAGUCACCGGUGCAUCCUCCGGCCUUGGCCUCGAAUUCUGCCUCGAUCUCGCCGCCGCUGGCUGCCUGGUCGUCGCUGCUGCACGUCGGACCGACAGGCUCAAGUCCCUUUGCGAUCAAAUCAACAAAAUGGAUGGUCAAGUUGGUGGUGGAGUGGCUGAUGGCGGCUCGCAUCGAGCUAAAGCCGUGGCGCUCGACAUCACCGCGGACGGCCCGACUAUCGAGGCCGCCGUCGAUAAAGCUUGGAGCGCAUUUGGACAUGUCGAUGUAUUGAUCAACAAUGCUGGUGUAAGAGGGCAAGUGAAACCGUCAUUGGAGAUCUCGGAGGAGGAAUACAACAAUGCGGUGAAAACAAACUUGAUCGGGUCUUGGCUCGUCUCCAAAUACGUGGGCGCACGGCUGCGCUCCACCGGCCGCGGUGGCUCGAUCAUCAACAUCUCAUCUGCGUCCGGCGUAGGUCGAGCGGAACCGGUCGGCGGUAUUGCCUAUACUUCGUCAAAAGCUGGCCUUAACUACAUGACUAAGGUGAUGGCACUAGAAUUGGGAGCUUACAAUAUACGGGUGAAUGUAAUUGGUCCUGGAGUUUUCAAGUCGGAGAUAACAGAAGCUCUCUUUGGAAAACAAGGGUUUAAAAAUGCUGUGAAAAAACUAGUUCCGCUGAGAGCAGUUGGAACGACGAAUCCAGCACUUACAUCUCUGCUUCGUUACUUGAUUCAUGAUUCUUCCGCCUUUGUUACAGGCAAUAUCUUCGUUCUUGAUUCAGGUGUCACUCUCCCGGGCAUUCCCAUUUAUUCUUCCCUUUAAUUCUCA